CAGCUCUCCCUCCAGAGAUGUUUCCUUUCUCUAUCAACAGAGCGAACCCUUCUGUGGCUUCCAGAAAGAGUGUCUGAACGAUGAUGUCCUUGAAAGUGAGGUUGGUGUUUGUUGCCCUCACGGCCCUGGGAGCCCUUCGAAUCUACUUCAGCAAGGACAACCUGACUCAGCUUAAAUAUAAUCUCAACACCGAGAGGAGAGACUUCCUGCAGCUCCCCGAGCUCGACUGCGAGCAGAACCCCCCCUUCCUGGUCCUGCUGGUGGCCUCGGCCCAGGACCAGGCGUUGGCUCGCUCUGUCAUCAGGGGCACCUGGGGCAGAGAAAGGCUGGUGAGAGGGAAACGCAUCAAAACGCUCUUCCUCCUGGGGGCCGGCCCCAACAAGAACCUCUCAGGAGAGGUGUCCCAGGAGAGCUGGCAGCACCGAGACAUCAUCCAGAAGGACUUUGUGGACACGUAUAAUAACCUGACCCUGAAGACGCUGAUGGGCAUGGAGUGGGUCCACCGCUUCUGUCCCCAGGCGGCUUUCGUGAUGAAGACAGACACGGACACCUUUGUGAACGUCUAUUACCUGACCGACCUGCUUCUGCAGAAGAACAGGACCGCCCGGUUCUUCACGGGUGCCUUGUCUCUGAACAAGUUUCCCAUCAGGAACAAGAACAGCAAGUGGUUUGUGAGCACAGAGGAGUAUCCGAGGGAUAAAUACCCUCUCUUCUGCUCGGGCUCUGGCUACGUCUUCUCCAGCGACAUCGCAGGGCUGGUCUACAACGUGUCCCGAAGUGUCGCCUUCCUGAAGCUGGAGGACGUGUUCGUGGGGCUCUGCCUCGAACGGCUGAACAUCACACCGCAGCCUCUGCACUCAGAGGAUGUUUUCUUCCCAUUUGGGUUACACUUUUCUGUUUGCCGCUUCAAGAAAAUCGUGGCUUGCCAUUAUGUCAGACCUAAAGCCAUGUUGCUGUAUUGGAAAGCUCUGGAAAGCUCCCUGGGAGAAGACUGCCCAGCUUGAGUCCGCCCAGUAGCAGAGGACACACUUUGGACACCCCCAUGUCCGGCUUCUGAAAGGGUUUUGUUUUACAUCUGCCAUCACUGAGAAUCACCAGGGGGAGGGGAGACAGGAAGCAGGGAGGAUGAGGGUGAUGUGCUGAGGCACGUUCCAGAGCUCAGCCUGACUGUGAAACUGAAGGAUCUCCCAGCCAGCGUUGACGGGCACCCUCUCUGAAGUUCUGCCCUGUUGCAUUCAAUAAUCAACGCACACUAACGUUGUCUAGUUGAAGGGAUCCGUCCCUGUCAAAUGUUCUGUGUCAGCAAGAAUAAUUAAGAAACUAAGGAAUAAGUGUUGAGGGGGAAGUGACCAUGGAGUCAUGUGACUAGUUGAAUGAGUAUCACACUGUCUUUCCCUGGAAGCAUCCUUGAGGCAGACAUCCCUAAACAGUUCAGUGCCUAAAAAUCGCUGUUAAGACUUCUUCCCACCCUCAUUCUUCUUGUUUUUCUUUUGCCUCCAAGGUUAUCACUGGGGCUUGGUGCCAGCACUAUGAACCCACUACUCCUGGUGGCCAUCUUUUCUCUUUUAUUGGAUAGGCAAGAGAGAAAUUGAGAUAGGAGGGGGCAUAGAGAGGGAGAGAAACAGAGAGACACCUGCAGACCUGCUUCACUCCUGUGAAGCGUCCCCCAAGUAGGUGGGGGAGCUGGGGGUUUGAACCCAGAUCUUUAAGUGGGUCCUUGAGCUUAGUAGAUGCAUGCUUAACUGGGUGUGCCCACCACCUGGCCUCUGAGAAGACUUCUUAAAUUGAGUGAAGGAGAUUUUGAGUCUGUGUCCAAGAACCCUUACCUAAACACCAGACAUAGUCUUUCUUUUUUGCCCUCAGGGUCUUCUCUGGGGCUUCAGCUGCAUGAUUCUUUCUUUUUGAUUUAGAGAGGAAGAGAGAGGCAGAGAAAGAAAGAGACCACAGCAGGUGCUUCCCUGAGGUGGUUGGGGACAUAAUCCUGGUCCUCGUGCUUGACUGGUUGAAUCAUCUUUCAGCGUCUUCACUAAGUCUAUUCUGCAGAGCACCAGACUUUGGUGGCCAGCUGUUAAAAGUUUGUCUCUCUUUGGGGACAACGCAUCUUCCUUUCUUGGUCUUCCUCCAUGUGCCGAAGCUUCAUAUCUUUGCCACAUCCAAAAAAAAAGUCACUCCGAAGGACCAACAUUAUAUCAAAGCAAGCUCAAAAUCCUGUCAGGUCAAGCUCAGAGCUCAAGGUGCUCAUUACGAAAAUCAGUCACGGGCGAGACUUUGAAUAGGAGUCCCGCUGAGAUGACACGCCUGCCUCUCCUUGUCUGCACCUGCAAAAUGAGAAAGCUCAUGUUCCGGAUACCAUGUGGACAGAGGUGCGAUAACAGUUAUAAACAUUCUUACAACAGUUUCAUUUUGGCCACUAGGAUUGUUGCUUGGGCUCAGUGUAUGCAUGACAGCACCACUGCUGCUGGCAGCCGUUUCUGCCCUUUCUCUUUCUGACAGAGGCAGAGAGAAAUAGAGAGGGAAGAGGAGAGAUGCCUGCAGAUCUGCUCUACCACAUGUGAUGUUUCCCCACUGCAGGUGGGGACUGGGGGCUUGAUCCCGUGUUCUUGAGCAUGGUAACAUUUGUGUUUUAUCUGUGAUAGCCCCUUAGUGUUCCUAUAACAAAAGAAAGAAAGGAAUCCUUGGUUCUAAGCAGGUUUUCAAUCUAGUGGGACCAACCAACUCCAUUUAGCCUUUAGUGUCAAGAGCAAUACAUGGUGAUCUAGAUCCCUUUAUCUGAGUCUCUGUUUUGUAUUUUUGGGGAGAGUCAACUGGUCUACUUCCGAGUCAGAUAUAACAUAAUAAAUACAUUGACAGUCUCUGGAUUUAAUGUCUAGAUAUACUUGAUAGAACUAUUUUUGUACGUAAACUAUUUUUGCACAAACCACUUGACAUGUAC